GUCAUGUUUAUCUGUUUAAUCCCGUUUUCGAUUCAAAGCAAACACAGUAUGAAGCUGAAAGCUUUCUCCUGAAUCUUGUCUUUGUAUCCGUCUUUUUGACUUAUUUCUCCAUGGAAUCUGUGCUUCUCUGCUCAAAGGUUGUCCCUCGAGGGACGCCGUUGGAAAGGAACAGAAAGUUUUCGUUCAGGCAUUUAAACAAACACCUUAAGUGCAAUUCUCUUCCUGCUGCUUCCAGAAACACUCCGUCACUCCGAAGCUUUGAAGCUAUCAAGGGUCCGUCUAGCUUGAGAUUUGCUCCGUCCCCAGUGAGAAAAGGUUUGUCUUUUUUGCCCAAAUGCUCGAUUUCCACCUCGACUGUUUCCGAUUCCGACAACCCUUUCGUUACCAAGUUCCGACAACUGGUCAAUAAAGUCUCUCAGCUGAAAGUGAAGCCCUUGGAUGCUGUGAAGUUAACUCUUUUGCUAUCGGUUCUGACUCUGGCUGCGAAAAAGAUUGCGACUUUGGUCUUCAACCCGUUCUUCUGGAUGUAUUUCAGCUGGACGUGGCUCUUCUGGCCUUGGUUCAUCGCUCUGGGUCUCGCGGGCUACGGUGUUUACUGCUUCCGUAAGCAUUGGCUAGGCGAAGCCAACGCCUUUGAGCAGCUUGGUAUUGUAACUUCAGUCUUCACAUGGCUUACACUAGUCCCUCCUGCUUACUUCAAUGGCUAUCUCGAAGGCUGGCCUUUCGUCUUCUUCUUGGCGUACCAUUACUUCUUCUUCUUCAACGUCAGCGUGAGGAAACGCCUCUAUGGAGAUUACUACGCACGCAACCAUGAUCCCAAAUGGGAUGUGGAUACGCCUCUAUGGUCCCGAGUUUUGUUUGGUGUUGGCGUCGUUGUUGGACACUGGCUCGCGGCUUUCGAAGGCCCUGAGCUUCACCGUUUACCAGGCGGUUGGGCUAAUGUAGGGAUAUGGGGUUUGAUUGUGGUUACAAUGCUUAUGCAUUAUGAUUCGACGCUCUAUCUUGCUAGAUAUUCUGAAAAAGUGGUUGUUCCAACGGAUGUUGUGCAGUUCGGUCCUUAUAGAUGGGUCAGGCAUCCGAUAUAUGCUUCUGCCAUGCUUCUUUUCGCGACCUACUGCACCGCGCUGCGUGCGCCUUUGAGCCUGUUGUUUCUUGUGGCUGUGUGUUUGGUUUACUACAGCAAGAAGGCAAAGAUGGAGGAAGAGUUGAUGGUGGAGAGUUUCGGGCAAAGGUAUUUGGAUUAUGCUGAUAAGGUUAGGCACAAGUUCAUUCCUUUUGUUUACUAAGUGCGUUAGAGGAACAUGUGUUGUUGUCUAAAUAUCUGGUAUCUAUCAGUCAAAGAUGUAUGAAUGAAGAUGUGUUGGAUUGUUCCAUUUUUAUGGGAAAUGUUAGGCUUGUGAAAAAGAUAUGCUUUUUAUGCUAUUCAAAUUCAAGAUAUUUCUCAUCA